UCCUUACUAUCCUAUCCUCCGUGGGAGUACCCAUCGCCCAGAUGAGACACGACUGGCUAUCCGUGAACGUCGACCCCCUCUCCAUUUCUCCGGCGUUCGUCGUCGGUACCCUUCUCAUGGCCCUGGGUGCCCUCAUUCGCGUCGUCUCCUAUAGAUACCUCGGCCGCUACUUCACCUUCCAGCUUUCCAUCCGGAAGAACCAUCAGCUCGUGACAAGCGGGCCGUACGCCAUCGUCCGGCACCCCAGCUAUACAGGUGCUUAUAUCUACAUGCUUGGCGUCGCAGUCAGCCAGCUUGGCCCCGGCUCGCUCUACUCUGAGCUCGGCCUUUGGAAGAACCCUCUCGGCCUUGUCGUGGGCAUGUGUCAGCUCGUUUUCAUCGCGUAUAUGGGCCUGACGGCUCACCUUCGGGUGCUGAAGGAGGAUGCGGCGCUCAAGGAGGAGUUCAAGGACAAGUGGCUGGCGUGGGCGAGCCGCACGCCUUACCGUCUGCUGCCAGGUGUCUACUAGGUACUCGGUGUCAGGGUUUCUUUCGCCGAGGAGUGCAGCUCGCAGGACGAGGUUAGCACAUAAAAUAGGCGAAACAAAUAAAGUGUCUCAAAUCUCAGUAGAU